GGUGCCCACCUAGAGCACGGUGGCCCAACGCUAAAAGAGGGCCGCCUCGUCAGGCUAGCAAUAAGUACUAGGUGUCAAUCGUACCUAGGUCCCAUGAAUAUGGGUCCCCAGACGACCAUGUACAUAGCUCUUCUCAGUGGCUUCCAGUUAGUGGUCCAGGCCAGAUCCCCCUGUACCAUACAGCAGAGUCUCCAGUACCGGCCAACUCCUGUCUGGCAAGGAUCAUGGUACAAGGACGAGCCCAUUCAAAUGUCAUCGAUGAUAGGUGCAUGCAAACGUCUUGGCACCUUUAGAAAAAGUAGUGUGGUCUGUAUGAAUCCAGGCACACCUGGCCAAAGGUUCCUGGUGUUGGUAUGUACUUCUCCAGCGCUGUCAGUUGCGAGCACGAUCGUCGAUACGACAAGCUUAAAUACACACAUAUUCCCACCCACCUUCGACUUUGUUUGUUUUAUUCACUUAUUUCGGAGUUAUGGAUGACACUUAUCGACUACACAGCAAAAUAAGCGCAUGAUUUUUUAUUUAUUUAACACUUUACCAUCUCUAGACUUCUAGGUCUACAUAUUGGCAGAGUUUAGAGAAUAUAUUGGUUUAGAAGCUUAUCUCUUUCUGUUACUCCGGCCCACUUAGACUUGAGUCGAACCGACUA